AUGUUGUCACAAAAGAAAAAGCAAAAACAUUUGGCUAUUAAUAAAGAAAAAUGUAAGAAUUUUAUAUCAACUGAAAAUUCUACAAAAGUUUUUAGAGAAUGUUCAGUAAAAUUUUCUCACUUAGAAAAAGAUAUUGGUCUUUGGAUAAGUCAAGUAUCAGCUGGUGGUCUUACUAUUAGUGAUAACAUUUAUAGAAGUAAUUUACGUUCUUUUAUUUUACAUGGUGAAGCUAACAGAGCACCAUUAGAAAUUUUAUCUCAACAAAGAAAAUUAUUCAAGAAUUAUUAUUUAGUUAUGAAUUUGAAAAAUAUUUAUAAUGCUGAUGAAACUGAAUUGUUUUAUAGAAUAACAAUAACUAAUGUUACUAAUACUUCAAAAUUGAAACCUUUGGUAAUUAGACAUUAUGAAUGUCCAAGAUAUUUUAAAAAUAUUAAUAUGUCAAUAUUUUCAUAUUUAUCUCCAAAUACAACUGCUCAUUUACAACCAUGUGAUGCAGAUAUAGAUAUUUCAUUAGAAUUUGAAGAUAACAAUAAUAUAGUUACUAAAGAAUUAUUAACAGAUGAUCAAAUAAUUAAAUUAAUAUUGAAAGAAAAUAAUUCUGUAUCACAAAAUAUCAACAAUGAAUCUAACAAUGAAGAACCACCUACUGUUAGUAUUAAAGAAGAUUUUGCAUUUUUAAAAAAAUGGAUAAGUUUUUUUGAACAACAAAAUUCAAAUGAUUUUUGUUUUAAAGAUUUAAUUAAAUUUAAAAAAUAUAUACGAAUUGUUGAAAAAAUAGAAUUUAUGAGUAAAAAACAAACAAAAUUAGAUAGUAUUUUUUCUACAAAUAUGAGUUUUAAAAUAACUGAAGUAGAUAAUUCAAAUUUUAGUUUUGAAAUAAAUGAAAAUUUUGAAUUGGAAGAUAAUAUAUAA